AAAAUCUAUUAAAUAGAAGUACUAAACAAAUAAAAGUCUCAACUGUAGAAGAUGUUAUAUUUAGAGAAGAAAUAGACACUGUAGUUAAAGAACAAGCUAUGAUUAGAGAAGAGAUAGAAAUUAUAACAGAAAAGGAUAUAGAAGUUACAAAUAUAGAG